UUAACAUGCCGGAUUCUGCUAUAAGUAUUAACUCGGAUACCGAUAGUGAGAUAUCUUCUAGAAAGUAUAAUUCCUUGAAGGACGAUACUUUGACUAUAUCUACAACUAUAUCCUCUACAGAAAGUGCUUCUUAUGAUAAUGAUAAUAACUUUGAAGAUCUUGAUCGACUUAUUCAUGAACGACACAUAAAAGUAACUAAUUGCGAAGCCAAUUUCGAAGAUUCAGAACCUGAUCAAAGUAAACUUAAGACUUUGCUUAGUCUUUUAAAAAAUUUAAUCGGUGUUAAAGAUAUUGUCUCCUUUAUUGGUGAUUCUGAUGACCCAUUAGAAAGAAUGUUUGCCACAAUUCGAUGGUGGUAUUCCAAAGAUUUGAAAUAUGUGAAAGGAAAAUUGAUAAAACCAUAUAAUUCAAUCUUGGGCGAACAAUUUAUAUGUCAUUGGAAUGUGCCCGCUCCAAAAUUUGAUAAAAAUGGUCACUUCAUAAAUAACGCUGAACCCAAUAACAAAAAUUAUCUAGUUACAUGUCUUAAUGAACAAAUAUGUCAUCACCCACCAGUAUCAGCUUUUCAUUAUAAUUGUGAAGAAGCGGGUGUAUCAGCCUAUGGAAUAGAUCAAAUCGCGGCAAGAUUCACUGGAACUAGUAGAGACAAUGAAGAAUAUUUAUUAACUCAUCCUGUGGCAUCUGUUCAAGGGUGGCUUAAAGCCUCAUUAUAUAUCACCGUAGGUGAAAGUUGUAUUGUAACGUGUCCAAAAACAAAAUUAAAAGCUAUUUUAGAAUAUAAAGACGAGCGAUGGAUUGGAAAGCCCAAAUUCGCGAUAGAAGGAAAGAUUUUCAAAUACGAUCCAACAAAUGAUGAUAUAAAGAAACUAAAAAGCGUUGACGAUAAAGAUGUUGUUGCUGAAAUCUAUGGAUCUUGGCGUGGAAAAGUUCAUGCUACAAGAUUAGACACUAAUAAAACAAAUUUGCUUGUAGAUUUAAAUGAGCUCGCUCCGAUCCCGAAAAUUGUAAAACCAAUUGCAACACAAGGUCCACUCGAAUCACGUAGAGUAUGGCAACCUGUAUCAACUGCUCUUUUUCAAAGAGAUUACUCAAAAGCUACAAAGGAAAAGAUUGCAAUCGAGGAUCGUCAAAGACGAUUGGCAGCUGAAGCAAAAGCGAAUAAAGAAGAAUUUGAUCCUGUAUAUUUCAAAUUACCUGUUGUUGAUGGACGACCGGAAUUGAAAGAUAAAGCGUAUCAAGUUUUACAAAGCGGGAACUUUUAA